AUGGCCACGCUUCUGCCCCCUCCCAGCAAGCGCCAGAAGGUCGCUCAGGCCGAAAAGGCACGAGAGCAACAAGAGAUCCAAAGUAUUCCCACAGAUCUUGGUAGCAUUCGUGUUCAAUUCUUCGACCAGGCUACCGGCGAUGCAACCGGUCCCGCCGUCUCGGUCCCUGUGGCCGAUGCCAACAUCAAGAACCUCGAGACACUAUUGAACGCAUUGCAAGGGAAUGAUGACGACGAUCGGGUGCCGUAUCGCUUUACCUACCAAUCAGACAAGAAGGACGGGGAGACCAUCGAUAUCCUCGCCAACCUGUACCACUCGCUACUCCAGCCUGGCAUUAAAACCACCGAAGACACAGUCUCACUCUAUUAUACUCCACAAGCAGUAUUCCGAGUGAAGGCAGUCUCCCGCUGUGCCGCGUCCAUUGCGGGGCACGGCGAGGCGAUUCUUGCAACCUCCUUCUCCCCCGUCUCCUCAUCGACUAUGGUCUCCGGAAGCGGGGAUUCUACAGCCCGUGUAUGGGAUUGCGAUACAGGAACCCCGCUCCACACUCUCAAGGGUCACACUAGCUGGGUGCUGGCGGUGGCGUAUUCGCCGAAUGGCGCGAUGAUCGCGACUGGCAGCAUGGACAACACGGUGCGACUCUGGGAUGCUAAGACCGGAAAGCCAUUGGGCGGGCCUCUCAAGGGCCACUCGAAGUGGAUCACCAGUCUGGCAUGGGAGCCGUACCAUGUCCAAGAGUCUGGGCGGCCUCUGCUGGCGUCGGCCUCUAAGGACUCGACCGUGCGCGUGUGGGACGUGGUGUCGAAGCGCAUCGACAAAGUACUCACCGGCCAUAAGGGCUCUGUGACCUGUGUGCGCUGGGGCGGUACUAACCAGAUUUAUACCGCGUCGCACGACAAGACGAUCAAGAUCUGGAACCCCAAGGACGGCACGCUGAUCCAAACCCUGGCGGCGCAUGCGCACCGCGUUAACCACUUAGCCCUGUCGACCGACUUUGCCCUGCGCACAGCGUACCACGACCACACAGGCAAAACGCCCUCCACGGAGGCGGAGAAGGUGGCUGCGGCGCGGAAACGCUUCGAGCAGGCGGCCACGGUGAACAACAAGAUUGUGGAGCGGCUGGUGUCGGCCAGCGACGACUUCACGAUGUACCUGUGGGAGCCGUCCAGCUCGACCAAGCCCGUAGCCCGACUGCUGGGUCACCAGAAAGAGGUCAACCAUGUCACCUUCUCGCCCGACAUGGCGUAUAUUGCAUCCGCCGGCUUUGACAACCAUGUCAAGUUGUGGAAUGGACGCGACGGAAAGUUCAUCACCACCUUCCGCGGUCAUGUUGGCGCUGUCUACCAGUGCUGUUUCUCAGCCGACUCGCGGCUUUUGGUAUCCUCGUCCAAGGACACCACGUUGAAGGUGUGGGAUGUUCGGACCGGUAAGCUGGCGACGGAUCUGCCUGGCCACAAGGACGAGGUGUUUGCCGUCGACUGGAGUCCGGAUGGACAGAAGGUUGGCAGUGGAGGCAAGGACAAGGCGAUUCGGAUCUGGCGAAACUAG